ACAGCCCGUAGGCUGUACAACGUAAUAAAGACAUUACAGACUCAGGAAAAUGCAAUUAUACAUAGUCCUAGAAUAAAAUCGAUGCUUCUUUAAUGUAUGGCUUCUUUUGUUGUUUGCAAACAUCUUUUACAAACUGACAAGUGAGUUAAAGGCUUUUAAAGUAAUAUCGACUGUUGCAUAGACGAUCUUUGAUUACGCCCAGCGUAGGAUCAGCAGCGCCAAGGCUACCGUCAUGGUUCUGAACAUAUAGAGGAAACAGUGAAUAACGACACAUUUUGUUCUAGUACUUAUCCAAAGUAUCUACAGCUACACUUUGUAACGGUCUUUAUCAGUCGGGAAGAGAAGUGACAGGUACGUUAAAAGGGUUGGGGAAUAACAUGUCAGGGGGAAACAAAGCCAUUGAGUUACAGCUUCAGAUGCGGCAAAAUGCGGAGGACCUGCACAGCUUCAUGAAGGAGCUGGAGACCUGGGAGACAGACAUGAAGAAGAAGGAUGAGGCGUUGAGGACAGGAAGACUCCAGGAGGUUCAGAGGAAACUCCCACCUGUGCGCAACAAAGACUACAAAACAAAGAUAAGGGAAAAGAAGAAGAAGAUGGAGCCUACUGGAAAUGGUGACAUCAAAGCACAAGACCCCAAACAAGCAUCAAGGAUAAAAGCAUACGACUAUCGAUCAUGGGACAAGUUUGACGUGGACAAGGCUCUGGCAGAGAUGGAUAAAGAGGAAAGUCCAGCAGAGUCAAAUGAUUCGGAUUCAGAGGAAGCUGCAGUUGAUAGGGAGAAAGCGCUUGCAGAGAAGGAAAAAGGUAAUAAGUUUUUCAAAGAUGGGAAGUAUGACGAUGCCAUUGAAUGUUACACCAGAGGGAUGAGUGCGGAUCCUUACAGCCCUGUGCUGCCCACCAACCGAGCCACUUCCUUCUUCAGACUCAAAAAGUAUGCUGUGGCAGAGUCUGACUGCAACUUGGCGAUCGCUUUGAACAGCAAUUACUUCAAAGCGUAUGCACGAAGAGGAGCAGCACGGUUUGCACUGAAGAAAUAUGAAUCUGCAUUAGACGAUUAUGAGAUGGUUCUCAAGCUCGACCCCGGGAACAUGGAAGCAAAGACUGAAGUGAAGAAAAUUAAGGAGGCCCUCGGACAUGAGGCACCGACUGCCCAAAGUGAAGCCACACAGCCACAGGAGGCUCCCACAGUCGACCCUGAGCAGCAGAGACUGAUUGACGAACAACAGAGGAGGCAGGAAGCAGUUCUACAAAAAGACAGGGGGAAUGCGUAUUUCAAAGAGGGGAAGUACGAAGCAGCUGUAGAGUGCUACAGGCGAGGCAUGGAGGUAGACAGCAUGAAUGUCCUUCUUCCCGCCAACAGAGCCAUGGCCUUCCUCAAGCUGGAGAAGUAUAAGGAGGCGGAGGAGGACUGCACUAAAGCCAUUUAUCUGGACACUACUUACUCCAAGGCUUUUGCCCGCAGAGGCACAGCCAGAGUGGCUUUAGGGAAACUGGAAGAGGCCAAACAAGAUUUUCAGGAGGUCUUGAAACUGGAGCCAGGGAACAAACAGGCCUUGAAUGAACUCCAGAAGCUCCAGAUUGACCUGGGUUUCAGCGGAAUUCUUCAAACAGAGGACAACUCACAGAGGAGAACAGUUCAGCCGAUUGACAAACCAACACAUCUGCGUUCAACUAAACCUCUGAGGAGGAUUAACAUUCAGGAGGUCAGUGGAAAGGCAACGUCACCUGAAUUGGAGUCAGGUGGGGCCAAGUCCUUUGUCCGGGAAGUGGUGAAGGAGACCGAGGAUGGAUCCUCUCCACUGUCGACGUCACCCAGCGCCAAGAUGAUCAAAAUCGAGGUGAUAGCAGAUGCCCCCUUGCACGCAUCAGAUCAACUUUUUCCCAGCAGACAGACAGAACAACCAGCGCAGGAGGAUACCACUUAUCCGCCUGAACCGUCAACCAGCUCCUCCUCAGCAGUAACAGACCUGCCUUCUCCACCCACCAAUAGCUUCCAGAUGGAGACUGACCUCCGCAAGAUCGGAAAGCAGCCUGAAGUGAUUUACAGAUAUCUGAGACAAAUCAAGCCUGAGACAUACAUAAAGAUUUUUCAACACUCCCUUGAACCUGACAUUCUCAAUCAGAUCCUGAAGACACUGCAUAAGUUCUACAUAAAGAAUGAAGCGUCGGCGGUUACACUGGAAAUCCUCAGCAGUCUAGCAAGCGUGAGGCGCUUCAACAUGGCUGUCAUGCUAAUGUCGCCCCCAGAGAAGAAAGUGCUUAAAGAACUGUUUGACUUCCUUCACAAUGCUGAGCUGGAAGAAUCCUCUGUUACAGCCUUACAGAAGAAGUACUGCAUGUGACUCUCAUUUUAGGCAACAGACUUAAACCUCAAACAUUGAGAACUACUUUGGUUUUAAAGCAAAUUAAACAAUUUAGUUAUAUUCAAUACUGUAUAAACUUUGAUUAACGUCACUUCCAUAAAAAUAGCAGUGCCACAAAAAAAGAAAGGCAUCCUAUUAAAUCCUUACAAGGCACUGAAUUGUGUGGAAGCUGGAACUUGGUACGCAGACAGUGUUGUACUGAUGCUCUAAUGAUCCUCUAUGAACCUAUCAUGUUACAAACAUACUGGUUUGUUAACAUGGAGCCAGAUACCUACAUCUUAUAAGGGAAUAUACCCCAACUAGGAGGCAUGUCCUAUCAACAGAAGUGUGUAAGUAUGGAUUGGUCUCUGUGAGUACUCUACCCAAUGUGAAUGUUCCUCUCAUUCCUAACCCUGUCAAAAAAAACCUGACACUGCAUUGGCUAAACCUGUUUAGACUAUAGAAAACACUUUCAGUGAUAGAGGGGUUCAGUUUGAGAUAUAACUGUUCAGAUACAGAUUCUGGAAAACUGAACUACAAAUAAAGGUGUAUUUUGUAA